UUGGCCCUCCCUUACUGUUUUUAUCUUAUUGUUCUCUUCUCAUCCCUCCAACUAAGCUUUGCACUUUUGCUCUUUCUCCAUCUCCUUCUCUCUCUCUGCCUCUCUUUAUCACUGUGAACUGCAGACUUAUUCCAGGACUCUCUCUUCCUCUUCCAUCUGCAGCUAUUGCCUGUUAGGACUGGAAGUCCUUAAGCUUUCCAGUCAUCUUUUCGUCAUUUUAUUAUUACUUAGUUUUUCUUUUUUCUCUGUCUUUAUAAUUGUAUAUUCACUAUAUGUGCUUUCCAUGCUAGUGAAUAUUGAUAGCUCAGUUUCACUUUUCGAAGUCUCGUGUCAUUUCUGCACUUUUGGCUCUAGAAUCUGAUUUCAGAAAAGCUACCUUUCACAGUAUCUUUGUAGUAGGAGUUUUUUUUUUUCAUGAAAACAAAAUUCCAAGUGCCUUCUGGUAUUUGUCUUUUAAUACCCUCCAUCUUGCAUUGUGCAAGGAAAUAAAUUCUCUCACCAUUACUGUAAAUUCUUUAUUCCAUAACAUCGUCAGCAUCCACUUCUGAAAAUUCUCAAUUGAACAAACACUAUUAAUUCAUUUUUCAUUUUUCCUUUGAACAUUCUUGUUGAAGCUUUUUGGUUUUUGUUUUUCGAUGAAAGAAGCUCAAAUGAGCAUUCCAUACUUGUUUACAUGCCCAAUCAGCCUGGACUUGUUCACAGAUCCCGUUACUCUAUGUACAGGCCAAACUUAUGAUAGAUCAAGCAUAGAAAAGUGGUUAGCUGCAGGUAAUCUCACAUGUCCUGUUACAAUGCAAAAGCUCCAUGAUCCAUCUCUUGUUCCAAAUCACAAUCUUCGUCAUUUGAUUGAACAAUGGCGUCAAAUGGGACACCAAUUUGACCCUGAUUGCUUGACAACAAUAGAUCCUUUAGUCUCCCUGAAGCGCAAUCUCGAAUCUCCCGAAGCUACCUUACAAGACAAACUUCAAACACUCGAGAACAUCCGACUUCUAACGGAAGAAACACCAUCUAGCAAUUCCUUUUUGCUCCGAAUAGGUUUCUUGCCUUUACUUUUGCAACUACUUUUCGAAAAAGUAGACCCUGAAUUCUCCCAAGAGUAUGUGAGGUUUGUGGAGCUAGGGCUCUCUUGUGUUCUUAGAUUGCUGCCCUUUGGAGAAUUAGUGUGUUUGAAUAUGCUUAAAGAAGAGUCCAUGUUGGAAUCUUUUGUGGUUUUGUUUGAGCAUGGCACUGGCAUGAUCAAGCAAAGCUUGUGUCAUCUUGUAGGGGAAAUAUCAUCAUCUUCAGAAACGAGGGAGCUUUGUGCAAUGAUUGGAAAACACCAAAGGUUCUUGCAUAGGAUUGUUUCUCUUAUUCAGCAGAAUUCUGAGACAUCUGAUGCUGGAAUCAAAGCGAUUUCAGCAUUGUGUUGCUUGGAAUCCAACAGAGAAAACUUGGUUGGACAAGGCCUUAUCAAUGGUCUGACAGCAUAUAUUCUGAACUCAGAAAGAAAGGAAAGAAGCUUGGCAGCAACAGCCAUGGCAAGACUGGAACAACUUCUGCGAAUAGAGAGAGCAAAAGAGGCACUGAUAAACAAUCCGCCCGGUGUUAAAGCAGUGGUUAACAUGGUCUUCAGGGUAUCGGAUCAUGAAGGGAGUGAAAGUGCUGUUAACUCAUUAAUGAUGGUGUGUCAUGAAUCAUUGCAAGCGAGGGAAAAAGCAAUAGCAGCUGGAGUAUUGACGCAGUUGCUGUUGCUUCUGCAGAGCCAGUGUAGUGGUAGGACCAAAACGAAGGCAAUGACAUUGCUGAAGCUGCUAAGAUCCAAGUGGGCCGAGGAGAAAUAGCAUGUGUUUUGAGGACAAAUAAUAUCUGUGU